UAUCAUACCCUGACAGGAUAUCACAGUAAAUCACAAAAACUAACGACUUAUUGAGGAUAUUGUGAAGUUAAGGACAUGCGUGUAUUGCUGUUGUUCGUGUUACAAUUAUGUGGUUGUGUGUAUACGUUGAGGGGAUAUCAUGAAGAUGUUGGAAUUCCGAAGGCUCGCCGUCUGAUGAUUUUGGAGAUGGCGCCGAGGAUUAUCGGCGGUAGGGCUGUGUCAGCGAUAUCACAGUAUCCAUACCAGGCUGGAAUCGUCACCAGUCUCACGACAGGCAAGACGUCUCUGUGCGGUGGUUCCUUGAUAUCAAGUACCAGGGUGAUCACGGCAGCUCAUUGCUGGAAUGAUGGACAGAGCCAAGCGUUGCAGUUCACUGUUGUUCUUGGUACCCUCACUGUCUUCUCUGGAGGCACCAGAAUCACCACCAGGGACGUUACCGUCCAUCCUCAGUGGAAUACCAAAGCUAUAACCAACGACAUUGCGAUAGUGAAAUUUCCUACCGUCGCUCUUAAUAAUAACAUUCAAGUGAUAUCGCUGCCUUCAGCUUCAGACGUCUCGAAUAAUUUUGCGGGCAUGACUGCGACGGUUACGGGUUACGGAAAAAUAAGUGACUCUCAAGCUUCAUUUCCCCCUUCCACAACUUUGCACCAUGUAAGUCUUAACAUUAUAACCAAUGCUGUUUGUCAGAGAAGUUUCGAUUUGAAGUUGGAUGCAAGUCAUUUGUGUACCAGCGGGACGAACAGGGUUGGGACUUGUGAUGGUGACUCAGGAGGACCUUUGAUGGUCACGUCGCAAAAUAAAAAGAUAUUGGUCGGGAUCGUAUCUUUUGGUUUUGGCGACAGCUGUUCAGCUGGUUAUCCCUCAGUGUACACGAGAGUCACGUCAUUCCUUCGUUGGAUACAAACGCAAAUGUAACUUUCAUGAUGCAUUAAAUGCGCAGUACAUGUAUUUAUAAGUUUAUUCCUGUUAUAUUAUUUCCUGACAUUGAUUUUUAUUAAAUUUCGUAGUAAA